AUGUCCGCUGAAAUCGAAGACGAUGGGGACGUACUGUUCCAUAAACAGGCCCCAACGCCUGCGGCACUUCCGUUCCAAGUGCCUGCAGCUGGGAAGGCUGCCGCGGGGAAGAAGGUAGAGGGGCAGAUGUGCUACGCCGACGGAGCGAAACCAGUGCUGGAGGCCACGCCGCUUUCAAUGGCGGAGCAAACAGUACAGAUCGGUGGAGGAUGCAGGCCUACAGAGCAGUAUUUCCGUAGUUCAGUAUUUCAUCUACCUCAAGACAGCGGCAAAGAGGCUCAAGUACAACAGGCAUUACCAGAAGAUCUGAAAAUGCUGUACAGUACUAUGAAACUAGGUCUGCCUGCAGAAACCAAUGUAGAGUUCCAAGCUACAUACCAAAUAAAGAUCUGCUCAUUUGAAGUAACUGUGUACUGA